AUGGCGGAUAUGUGUAGUAGCAGAUCAGGGGUUUUUAGGGUUUCAAUGUGUGGUAGCGCAGAAGAGAUUGAACAGUUGUCCAGAGAUGGUAGCCAUUACAGUCUCUCUACCGGAAUUCUUCCUUCUCUCGGCGCAAGAAGCAACCGCAGAGUCAAGCUCCGAAGCUUCAUCAUAUCUCCUUAUUAUCGCCGUUACAGGGCAUGGGAGACUUUUCUGAUAGUUCUGGUAGUCUACACUGCAUGGGUGUCACCAUUCGAAUUUGGUUUUCUUGAGAAACCACAGAGGCCUCUCUCCAUGGCUGACAAUGUCGUCAAUGGCUUCUUCGCAGUGGACAUUAUUCUCACAUUCUUCGUGGCCUACCUCGAUCGGUCGACCUACCUUCUCGUCGAUGACCCCAAGCAGAUUGCAUGGAAGUAUGCAAGUUCUUGGUUGGCAUUUGAUGUCAUCUCCACAAUCCCUUCUGAACUUGCUCGGAAAAUUUUCCGAUCGCCUAUCGAGACUUAUGGCUUGUUCAACAUGCUCCGUCUUUGGCGUCUCCGUCGAGUUAGUUCCCUAUUUGCAAGGUACGGUGAUAAUCUCACCUCGUUUUUUCUUUCAUCAAACAGACUGGAAAAGGACAGAAACUUCAACUACUUCUGGGUUCGAUGUGCCAAGCUUAUCUGUGUGACACUUUUUGCAGUCCAUUGUGCUGGGUGCUUCUAUUAUCUUCUAGCUGCCCAUUAUCCAGACCCAAGCAAGACAUGGAUAGGGGCACCCAAGAAUGACUUCCAUAAACAGAGCCUGUGGACUAGAUAUGCCACUUCAAUGUAUUGGUCCAUCACCACCCUCACAACCGUUGGAUAUGGAGAUUUGCAUGCUCAGAACACAAGAGAAAGGAUAUUUGUCAUCUUCUACAUGCUCUUCAACCUUGGACUCACAGCCUAUCUCAUAGGAAAUAUGACCAACUUGGUGGUCCAUGGUACUAGUAGAACUAGACACUUUAGGGAUACAAUUCAAGCAGCCUCAAGUUUUGCACAGAGAAAUCAAUUGCCGGAUCGUCUUCAAGAUCAGGUGCUAGCACACUUGUGUUUGAAGUUCAGAACAGACUCAGAGGGGCUGCAACAACAAGAGACUCUUGAUUCCCUUCCAAAAGCAAUCCGGUCCAGCAUUUCACAUUUUCUUUUCUACUCUCUUGUUGAUAAGGUCUACUUGUUCCGUGGGGUGUCCAAUGACAUGCUUUUUCAGCUGGUUUCUGAGAUGAAAGCUGAGUAUUUUCCUCCCAAGGAAGAUGUCAUUUUGCAGAAUGAAGCACCCACAGAUUUCUACAUCCUUGUUACAGGAGCUGUGGUUGUUGGAGAGGCUAAAACUGGGGAUCCUUGCGGUGAGAUUGGGGUUCUCUGUUACAGGCCUCAGCUAUUUACAGUGAGGACAAAACGAUUGAGUCAGCUACUUCGACUCAACCGUACAACACUCUUGAAUAUUGUUCAGGCCAAUGUUGGAGAUGGCACCAUCAUCAUGAACAAUCUCCUUCUGCAUUUGAAGGAGCUGAAGGAUCCAGUUAUGGAGGGAGUUUUAUUGGAGACAGAGAAUAUGCUUGCUCGUGGUAGGAUGGACUUACCCCUCAGCCUCUGUUUUGCAACACUUAGAGGAGAUGACUUGCUGUUACAUCAACUGUUGAGACGUGGUCUUGAUCCCAAUGAAUCGGACAGCAAUGGCAGGACAGCCCUGCAUAUAGCUGCAUCCAAAGGAAAUGAGAACUGUGUACUUCUCCUACUGGACUAUGGGGCAGAUCCCAAUACUAGAGAUUCAGAUGGGAAUGUGCCACUAUGGGAAGCCAUUCUGAACAGUCAUGACCUUGUGAUCAAACUACUCAAAGACAAUGGAGCCAAAAUAUCUUGCGGCGAUGUUGGUCAAUUUGCAUGCACAGCUGCUGAGCAAAACAGUUUAGGAUUGCUCAAAGAAAUUGUUAAUCAUGGUGGCAAUGUCACAAUCCCCAAUCACAAUGACUCUACUGCUCUUCAUGUAGCAGUUUGUGAAGGCAACUCAGAAAUAGUCCAAUUCCUUUUAAAUCAAGGGUCUGAUAUUAACAGACCAGAUGACCAUGGUUGGACACCAAUGGCCCUAGCAGAGCAACAAGGCCAUGAAGAUAUAAAAACUCUCUUUCAAUCUAGUAAAGAGACCCAAUCUCAAUCUGCUAAUUCAGUCCAUGAGGAGAAAGUUCAUGGAGUUUGUUUUAGAACCGAGCCAACAAUUUUGCCUAUGUCUCAAGAAUCGACAUCCCUAGUGCCAGAGGGAUCAGGGGCUCAUUCUCGGCCAAGGCAUAGGACUAAUAGCUUCCAUAAUUCGCUGUUUGGGAUCAUGUCAGCUACACAAGGGGAAGAUAGUGACUUGCUAUUGUCUGUGGACCGGACUAAAUGUGCUGGGAAUGCUACAGAGUAUUCUGCCAGGGUCAGAGUUAGUUGUCCUGAGAAAGGAGAUGUUGCAGGAAAGCUUGUGUUGCUUCCACAGAGCUUCAGUGAGUUGAUGGAGAUUGGUGCUAAAAAAUAUGGGUUUUUGCCCACUAAAGUGGUAAGCAAAGAUGGGGCUGAGAUUGAUGAUGUAGUGUUGAUUAGAGAUGGUGAUCAUCUAAUAUUUGUUAGCAAUGCUGGAAUUGAAUGAAUUAAUCCCCUAUAAAGCAGGGUUGAGAUACAAAAAAGGUGGGCAAAUGGUUUG